AUGCCUGCAGCCUCGAGCAAACCUCGGCCCCGCCGCGUACCUCGAUUCCGGUACCAAAACGAUGAUAGCGCUUCCGACGAGGAUUUCGAAGAAUACCUCAUCGCAAAGACUCGCCCUGCUCGCGCUGCUCGUCGAGUCCGGACAUAUCGAGAAUCGAGCGAUGACGACAUUUCAGACUCAUCCGCUGUCGAGACGGACAGCAGCCAGGAAUCGAGACUACCAAACACGCAAUCUCAGACAAUUGUACGGCCACAUCGCCCGAAGAGAAAACCACUAGCAGUGCCAUCGAGAAAGAGAGACGUUCCAAACAAGAGGCCGAAGAUCCAACCGUCUCACAGUGUGAGAAAGUCGGCCGACGUGGUCGCCGGGGCUUCGAAACCAUCCACACACGCGCGCAUACCGCCAUGGCAGACAUUGCCGUAUUUUGUGUUGGUAAACAUCAUGCAAUAUGCUGCCUACCCUCUCUAUGGCCCCCUGUCGAGGCAACAACCUUCGAUCAACUGGCUUUGCACGACGGGAAGUCUAUGCCGAUCUUUCCACGAUGCUUGCAUGGCAACUCUGCUCUACAGUCCUCCCCUGUACCCACUACAACGAGCCCGAGGCCUCGUGACGCUACUUAAGCAGGAGCAGGAUCAUCGGGGGCCCCUUUCCACUUCCUUCAGGUCGAAAAUCCGAUAUCUGGACAUCGAAGUCAAGCAUCUUUUAGCGAAAAAGGGUGGAAUUUCUUUGGACGAUUUAAUACCACUGACUCCACAACUCCAAGGUAUACGUCUUUACUCCAACUAUGAUGACAUGACAACAGUGAUUUGGGCCCAGCCGGAGUCGAAAAAGGUGCGCUGGACUUACCCGCUUGAUCUUAUCACACACUUGGAGCGUAAUAACGUGGUCUUGAGAAGCUUUGACUGGAAUGGGAGGUUUCCGAACACAACAGAUGUCCUUAAGGAGGCGAUGGCUGCCCACUCCAGGCCGUCUUUCAAGCAUUUGCACGAUCUGACUUUUCUCAAUCUUACUCUCCCCGAGAAGACGGAGAAAGCUGAUAUCGCCUCUGCACGGAGCUUCCUUGCGGUAGCAUUGAAGAGUCUCUUGGCAUUGCGGUCUCUGUGUUUCCGAAACUGCGGUAUGGUGGAUCAAAUCACCAUGCCGAUGCUGCCUCCCGGGCUGCUCCGCUUGGAGCUCACAAAUUGCUCUCAUCUGACCUCUGAAGUUCUCGAGGGAUACUUAUCCUCGGCAGGACAUGGAUUGCAGUCACUUAUACUCAACAACAACCAGUCCAUGGAUUUGGGCUUUAUGGCCAAUCUCAAGAGUCUGUGCCCGAGUUUGCAGCGGCUCGAGAUCGAUAUGGUGUACAUUGACCCGUCAUGGUGGCAUGAUCGUGACCCUCUUUUUGAUGAGCUGUUACCUAAGGGACCUCCGACGUGGCCGUCCCAGCUCAUCACUAUUUCUAUCGAAAACAUGCGGCAACUGACUGCAGCAGCUGCUGAAAAGUUCUUCACGUCGCUGGUGGACGCCUCUGAGGAUUUGCCAUUUCUGAAGAAACUCAGCCUCAAAGUUAUUCUAAAGGAUGCCAGCUGGCGUGACCGUGCGAAAAUGAGACAGAAUUGGAUGCCUGUGUUUGAAAAUGUUUUUCUCAACAAGGACAAGCCGUCCAAUAUUGUCAGCAAAACGUUAAGCUCCAGAAGGUCAGCCAGCGUGUCACAGCGGCAGAGUACACGAAUCGCAAACGGCCGUCUCAAAGAGCUCAGCAUGAGCGAGAACAGCGACGAAAGUGAUGCUCCAACGCCGAAGAUUGCGCAAGCCAGGUGCGAUGUUGUUGAUUUGAUCAUUUCCGACCAGCGUCCGGCUGAGACACAAUAUCGUGAGAAUGACUUUCUCGACAGCGAGCCAAGUGACGAUGAAGAGUACAGGGAAUGA